UGCGAUGUUCUCUCGUUAACGUGCGAAAGAAGUAGUGUAGAAUGUGGAAGGAAAGCUCUCGCAUACUUCGCGCGCAGUGUAUCUGUCACGAACCAGCACCGUGAUUGGUCAGAAACUGAGAGCAGCAAAGUAGAAAAAGAAAAAUCAUUGACUUUGAGUCAACCUCUCCACCGAGCUCACCUGUACCCGCCCUUUUCGUAUCCUAUCUCCCUUAUAAUUUUAAUUAAAAAUACAAAAUGAUGACGUGGCUGUGGCGUUGGAAGGCUGCAUUGCACCACUUCCCACCCUCUCUCUCUCUCUCAUUCCCUAGUCACUUGCUUUCUUCAUCAGGAGAAAACACAAAGACAAAGAAAGAGAAAGUGUGACUGUGACUGUGACUGUGACAGCGACGGUUUCUGUUUCUGAGAAUGGCGUCGCCACCUUCAUCUCCUCCUUCACCUGUUCCUUCCAUUUCUCCUUCCUUAUUACAGUCAACUUUCUCCCAUCUACCUGUCAUGUCUAUGAGGAAAAAAAUCGUCGACAAAAUUCAACAAAAUCGCGUCACUCUCAUCAUCGGCGAGACCGGUUGCGGGAAAAGUUCACAAAUUCCUCAGUUUCUUCUAGAAGAAAACAUGACACCCAUUCUGUGCACACUGCCUAGAAGAUUUGCUGUCGUUUCUGUUGCCAAAAUGGUUGCAAAAGCUCGAAAUUGUGAAUUGGGGGAAGAAGUUGGGUAUCACAUUGGACAUUCACGGAACUUAUCAGCUGGUUCAGAGAUUGUUUUUAAAACUGCUGGAGUAUUGUUGGAUGAAAUGCAAGAGAAGGGGUUGACUGCACUAAAGUACAAGGUUAUUAUUCUUGACGAAGUGCAUGAAAGAUCAGUGGAGUCUGAUCUCGUACUAGUUUGUGUGAAGCAGUUUUUGUUAAAGAACAAUGACUUCAGGUUGGUUUUGAUGUCUGCUACCGCUGAUAUUUCAAGAUAUAGGGACUAUUUUAGGGAUCUUGGUAGAGGCGAACGAGUUGAAGUGCUUGCAAUUCCUAGCUCAAAUCAGAACAUGGUUUUUCAGCGAAAAGUUUCAUAUGUUGACCAGGUAGCUGAAUCUCUUGGGAUGAGUUCAGAAAUAAUGCAGUCAAAAUAUUCCUCUUGUCUUAACCCUUCCGAAUACAAUGCUUACAUUAAGUCUGAAUUGCACGUGCUCAUUCAUGAGCUGGUGUUGCAUAUACAUAAGAAUGAGCCAGAUAUUGAGAAAAGCAUUUUGGUAUUCCUUCCAACCUACUAUUCACUCGAGCAGCAAUGGCGCCUUCUGAAGCCACUUGAAUCAACUUUUAGAGUUCAUAUCUUACAUGGUAGCAUUGAUACUGAACAAGCUCUCAUGACUAUGAAGAUUUGGAAGUCACAUAGAAAGGUAAUAUUGGCUACCAAUAUUGCUGAAUCUUCUGUGACAAUACCUAAAGUGGCAUAUGUCAUUGAUUCGUGCCGAUCACUACAAGUCUAUUGGGAUAAGUCUCGGAAAAAGGAAUGUGCAGCACUUGUUUGGGUUUCCAAGUCUCAGGCGAACCAACGUAGUGGAAGAACUGGUCGAACUUGUGAUGGCCAAGUUUAUAGGUUGGUUCCUAGAUCGUUUUACAAUGAUCUUGAGGAUCAUGAGAGUCCUGUUAUUCUUAAAUUAUCAUUGAGGCUGCAAAUUCUUUCUUUAUGCUGUGCUGAAUCUAAGGCCAUCAAUGAUCCCAAAGUUCUGUUGCAAAAAGCUCUGGAUCCACCAGAUCCUCAAGUUGUCGAAGAUGCAUUGAAUUUACUUGAUCAGAUGUGUGCACUAGAAAAGACACCUCCAAGGGGUCGAUAUGAACCUACAUUUUAUGGUCGUUUGCUUGCUAGUUUUUCUUUGUCUUUCGAUGCAUCUGUUCUAGUCCUCAAGUUUGGAGACAUUGGGAUGAUACGUGAGGGCAUCUUGCUGGGUAUAAUGAUGGAUACACAGCCUUUACCCAUUAUUCAUCCAUUUGGAGAAGAUGAAUUGUUUGCGAAGUACAUUGAUUGCUAUUAUGGUGACCGAGCAAUCUUAGCUGGUCGAAAGGAGAUGGAAUUCAUGGCUAACUUUUGUGCAUUUCAGUUUUGGCAGCACAUUUUCAAGGAUAAGAACCGACUCGAACAUUUAAAGCAGGUUUUAAAGACUGAUGAUGUAUAUCCUGACACACAGCAGAUGCCUAAGCUUGAGGAAGACUGGUGUUCUUUCCAUAAUCUGUAUCAAUCAUCUCUGCAUCAAGUGUCAGAAAUUUAUAAUGAUAUACUAAAUGCAAUCCAUCGAUUCCGGCCAAAAUUUUUGAGCUCCUUUCGUGACCUAACACCCUAUUAUGAUCCUUAUAAAUUCAAACAUACAUGCCUGUUCAAAAGUCAGCAAGAUGGACAUUCAGAUGUAGUUGCGGCAGAUGAGGAAGACAUUGAACUAUCAAGUGAAACAAAUAAAUGCGUUGCUGUACCAUAUGUUACUUUGAAUCACUUGAACAGUUAUCAAGUGGCAAAGAAGUUUGCUGCAAUUGUAAAAGAGACAAGAGCUCAGUACCAAGAUGGUGCAUCUAGCCAUCAAACAGAAGAUGCCGAUGUUGAUAAUUUUCACGUCAAUGGCGAGGUUUCCCCUUGUGUAUAUUUCCUUCGUGGAUCCUGCAGCAGAGGCAGUUCAUGUUCAUUUUCACACUCAGUUCAGGCUAAAAGACCUCAGUGCAAGUUCUUGUUAUCGUUGCAGGGUUGCCGAAAUGGAGAAUCUUGUCCAUUUUCACAUGAUAUGGGCCGAUCAGCAGUGUCGGCCCAUCGAAACAUCUGCCUGCAAGAAGAUAAUGCCAUGAGUUCUGCAUCCCUUCUGAAUUUGUUUCCCAAAUCUACCGACAGAUCAAUUCUGAUAUUGGACGACGUUGAUUUUCAAUUCUCCUCAUGCCUUGCUUGCCACUAUGUUCCAUCCAAAAUAAUUUCAACUACAAGUUUGUCAGAAACAACCAUAACAGAACCAUCCCUUACAGGAGUCAGAAUUUUAUGGGGUCUAUAUCACCCAUACCAAACAAUUGUAGCCAAAGCAGGGAAGAAUCUUAUUCCUUGGAAUGAAGUUGAAUGUGUAUUGUGGUUUCCUUGCUUUGAUAGCUAUGGUGAGGAUUUGGAUGGAAAAAGGCAGGUUUUGCAGAACUUCUUUGAAUAUCUAGCCAUUCGAAUUUUGGCUGAUGAUUUGCAGGAUGUGCGAGUUAUCAUAACCAUGAAUAAUAUCAGAUUUUCCCAACUUCAGGUAGAGAAGUUGGCAAGAGACUGUUUCUUUAUCCUUAGAGACUCAUGUGCUUUUGACGAAAUAAGCUUUGGGAUGUUACAUGACUGCGUUACCUCUAGGAGGCCAAUGGUGGUAUCAAGGUCCUUCUCAUAUGUUUUUAGCAUCCAGCCUCCAAAUGAUGAACUUUUCAGCGACUAUGCUGCUACUAUGAAAAAGCAUCUGCAUAAAAUUCAAAAAAUAUAAUCAUGGGCUUAUCGAAUAUAAGUUUGAGCUUUUCUGGAGGCACAACAGAUCUAGGUAGAUGUCUAUAGUUCUUUCUUGACAAUUACUUCAUGCAGUUCUACAGUAAGCUUCCAUUAGUAUUUGUUUGUUGCAUCAAAAAUUAAAAUGACCAGAAAAUCUGUGGCGUAUCCUUCAAAUUGGAUGCAGUGGUGCACCUUCAUUAUUUUGAUCUUUUGUGGCAAAUCACACAGCAGAGUUGUUGCUCUCUCAUCUUUCCUCCAUGCAUCCACCUCAUACUUUAAUUUACGGAUGAAUCAAUUUUUUAAGUAUGAUACUUUUUUGAGUAAAUUAAUUGCACUUUCAGCUCUUCCAUAGGUUCAGUUACA